AGUGCCAUGCUGGAGGCAUCAGGCACCUCCGCCCGUCGGUAGUUAAUUGUACAUGAUCCAGCCCCUCGAUCCAGCCCCGUCACAUGUCUUGCCUCUCAUAUGUGUAGCCUGUCGCAGGUCGCACAAGGGUUUCGUUGUUCUUCUCCCUUCGCCGAAGUGUCGACGAAUGCACAACGGGAGAACAAGGGAUGGUCCCGCACAUUCGCCGCCGUACCUUAACCCGCAACACAGACGACAUCCACUUGGCGGUUGUGCAUCGUUUCUGUGCUUACCAUCUUUGGUGGUCCUCUUGAUGAACCCGACCUUCGCCUCAUCAGUGAGACAUUGCCGUGUCAUUGCGCGGAGCACACUCCUCGCUGUUUCGCUUUUUGGUGCAUUCCACAGUAUCUUCUUGCUGUAGUAGUCCAUCAGGCGCAGCUUUUUUGUGACGGCUCGGUGGUCCUUGUAGAGCUCAUCCAGUAUGGGCUUCAGCGCUGCGCGAGGGUCCUGCUCGAAAACAGAGCCCUCGAUUGCAUAUGUGAAAUUCCUGCGUAGGGCGGAACAGCGCCGACCCCCACAAUACGGGUCGUGUGCUAACGUCACUGUCCUUUCUGCAUACCUCCAUGGGAUUUCGCACUGGAAGGGGAUGCCGUAUUUGAAAGCGUCGUCAACUUCGUUGAUCAGGACAUUCAGCGUCCGGGCCCAGAAUCCAUCCAUCACUCUCGAGCUCGUCACAUCGGUCCCACGAAAGCACAGAUUCAGCUUAGAGUUGGCGAGACGGUGCAUAAAAGUCGAUGUCUCAAGGAGCCAAUCUUUGUGUUUUUUUCUCGCAAUUUUGCAUCGCUCAAACCUGCCGAUCGGCAUGUCACGUGACCGAGUGGUGUUCUCUUGACGUGGGCAGUCGGGAAGACUGAGUUUCGUCUUGUGCUUGUUGCCUGCCAUAACAAACACACUCUUUGCUGGAUUUGGGCCGUGCCAGCCUGCUAAAUGUUCAAAAGCUAGAUUUCGAUAAGGUCGCCCAAAGUCUGUCCGACCUGAAUAAGUGACAGACAAGAAGACGAUGCAGCAACAUAAACAUUUUACAAAUGCAUGCGUCUGUCCGGUUUCCACCUUGAAAGAACAUCGUGUAGUCGCGUUGGAACCAGUCGUGUCUCGAGGGAGGGUCGAAAGCCGAGCCUAGUCUGUCAUCCUCAAAUACGUCCGUAGGCUUGAUGAGCCCGCGUUUCAGCAGGCUUUCCUUCUCAAAAGGCUGGUAGGCUUUUUGCAGCGCUGUCAGAGAUGACCUGGAUGUAUACAAUGUGAGGUUAUGCGUGCAUGCAUCAGGGACGAUUCGCAUACGUGUGGGGAAUCGUGACAGCACAUCCAAAGAGGUCUCUAUCUGACAGAAUACGAGAUGUGCGUUGCAGCUGAUGGCUGGUCAUUUUUCUUUGUCUCCGUACGAUUGUCUGCAAGGUGCCGCCCCUGUGUGAUAUUCCUCGCAAAUGUCGAAAACGCUCUCCCAAAUACCAUUUCCAUGCGACCAGGAUACUUAAACUCAAAAUCGGUCAGCUGCAUUAUGAGAAAGUCAAUCCAGUAACACAAGCAUUGUUUUGCCAUGAGCCAUGGAUGAGUACACACUCACCACAAGGAUGUGGUCGAGCCCGCGGUUUCUCUCCCAUUGUGGGGUCUCCAUCACCUGAACAAAUGCUACGGCCAUUCAUAUAUGUUCAUAGAAUGUCUCACCUCCUUAACAGCCUUGUCUGCCAGUGCAUGUAUCUUCUUCCUAUUCCCUUCCUUGCACGAACGAUGAUACAGCAGAACUGGACCAAAUACACGAAAGUCAAGCACUCAAGUGAAAUGACUCACUUUCCCCCGUACUGUUCGUCGACACACCGGGAUAGAUUGGGAGGACAUAGACGAGCGCUUUGUCAGGGUCAAACGUCCUCCAUGUAUCCUUCCAUAAUUGGUCCAGCCAGUAUAUCUCGUCAACGUUUUUUCUGUUGUCCAAGUCGAAUCGGCCGGGCCAAUGGCCGGUCAACAUGUGUCUUGCGGCCUUUUGACACAUGUCGUAAAGCUGCCUCAUAGCCGGCGUUUGGUAGACGUAAAACGGCACCUCAAUGUCCCGCUCCACUGCCUCGAGAUUAGCGAACUUGGCGUCUGCGCCCUGAAGAACAUCUUUUCCCUCGCUUUUGAUAGUGUCAGCCAUAUCGAUGGCGACAGCAUUUCCCCGCAAGACGGACUGGUGGAAGAAUAAGGGAAGGGACCGGACCCUCUCACAAAGACACAAAUUACCAUAUUGAAACAGCAACAACCUAACGAGCAAUUCCAACAUUGUUGGGCAAGAAUACAUGUAUCUAAAGAAUUCUUGCCAUCAAUUCGUCUCUGCCAGAAAGAUCAAUUUGCGCAAGAUCAACAUAUCAAUUUGUGAUGGACCGAGAAUCUCGGUCCACAAGCCACCACGGAUCUCCCUUUCGCCCUUAGCGUGAAUUUUCGGGGAUUGGACUUUGAGGCGCCGGAAACGGGAAUAGAGCAACCACGCCAAAACGUAGUGCGAGAAUGUGUGUGCGUGUGGGCGGCGCCACUGGAUUAUACGCCAGGCGGGCGCUCAGGAUGGUGCUGGCAUGUUUGUCGCGUGAUUGAAGGUUGGUCGAUUGACGCAGUUUAUUUCAUGAGAGACCGACAGACUAUGCCUGCUGGUGCGCCAUGAGUUAACGUAUGUCAAACGCUAUUGAGAUAGCUCUUACUCGAUGCUCUACUGACGACACUUCUCGAUGGGAGACACUCACGAUUCAACGACAGGCACACGUCCAUCUCCAUUCUCCUCGAUACGAGCCGAAUAUCCACGUGCACCAUGACACUACAAGUAGGCUCGCCGCAUCUCGGCGCCAUCCUACUCUGCACCACCGCUC